AUGCAGUUCUUUGGCCGGCUGGUGAAUACCAUCAACAGUGUCACCCAGAUAUUCACAAGCCCUUACCGAGUGAAGGAGGUGCCAGCUGCAGAGUAUGCUGCUCACACUUGCCUGAGGGAGGAGGGCAGGGUGGCCCUGUAUAAGAACAGCUUCUCUCGCUCGUGGGAUUGCCUGCUGGUGAAUCCCCAGACCCCCCAGGUUGCUUUCCGGCUCUUCCAACUUGACAAUGAAGCAGAUGCCCUGGUGCAUUUUGAGCAGUAUGCUGGGCAGCUGCGCCCCUUCUAUGAGAGCUCAUGCCAGCCCUUGUCACUGGAGGAUCUCCAGCAGCUCAGUGACUGCUUCCGCAACCACCCCAGCUGGUCCUCAGCACAUGUCGCAGUGGAAAUUGGCCAUCGUGAGAACUUCCGGCACAACCGUGUUCUGAGCUGUGUGAACAGUAGGGACAGCGAGGAUGGCUGCACCCCGCUGCACCUGGCGUGCCGCAAGGGAGACAUGGAGUGCCUGCUGGAGCUGCUGGAGUGCCAUGCACGGGUGGACAUUACUGACAGGAACGGGGAGACUGUUUUCCACUAUGCUGUACAAGGGAACAACCCCCAGAUCAUCGAGCUCCUGGGCAGAGCCCCAACUGCUGGCUUGGACCACCUGAGCCAUGAAGGGUUGACUGCUCUGCAUCUUGCAUGUCAGCUGGGCAAAGAGGACAUGGUUCGGUCCCUGCUGAAAUGCCAUGCCAGCUGCAGCAUCAUGGGGGUGCUGGGCUACCCCAUCCACACAGCACUGAAGUUCUCCCAGAAGGG